GUAUCCCCCUGCAAUGAUUUAGCAUGCGCGAUUCCUGGAGAGUACCGUGUUGGAUUGUUCCUCCCCACGAAUAGGAAGUCUCGAUUCACUCCUUGACCACAAUGGGUCUUUCUUUGUUCCCGAAAAGGAGACGUCGACGGCGGAGGUUCGGGGAGCCGAGUCCGAAGGCUCUGGAUCCGCCUUCCUUUUCCGACCUUGAGCCUGAGAUCACGGUGCCAGUCGAGGAUGUUGUGCUGCCUGAGGUGAACGUCAUCCUACCGUCAGAUAGUGGAUCGUUCGAUGGUUCACGGAUCGCACUGAGAUCGUCUUCGAAGUUGUCUGGAGGUGAGAAGAUUGGCCUGGGAAGUUCAACACCUCUCCAGGAUCCGCUUGAAACCACGGGGCUCAAGGAAAGGACUGCCGAACCACGAAAGCUGGAGUCGCCAAUGUUGACACGAGCUCAACCCCAAGACGAAGGUCCAGCAGACCUCAACGGUUGA